AUGAUUGAUUUUAAUCCUCGUGAUAGAGUUAAUAAAAUGGUUGAUGCAAUUUAAUCAGAAGCGGAAGAAAAAGCUGAAAAUAUAUUAAAACUUGCAAAUGAGCAAUUUAAAAUUCAAAAAAACAAUUUAGUAAAUAGUGAAAAGGAUAAAAUAAUUGAGGAGUACAAGAGAAAACUUGAAAACUUUUCUGUUCAAAAACGCAUAGAAAGAUCAUCUAAAGUGAAUGAGCAUAGACUUUCUAAAAUGUAAUUGCGUUUUAGCUUAAUUGAAAAAAUAAGAGACUCAUUAAAAGAAUAAUUAAUUAGAACUUUAGAUGAUUCUAAUAAGUACAAAUUGUUUUUCAAAUCUUUAAUAGUCUAAUCAAUGAUUAAAUUAAUGGAACAUAAGGUUGAACUUAAAGUAAUGAAAAAAGACUUAAAUUUAGCAAGAUAAGUUAAGAAUGAAUGUGAAUAAGAAUUUAAAGAAGUUGUAAGAAAAGAAUGUAAUUUAGAUUUCCCCUGUGUUAUUAUAAUUAACGAUUAUCACCUUUUAGAAGCAGAAAUACCUGAUAUAAUUGGUGGCAUUGUUUUAACAUGUGAUGAAGGUAAAAUUAAAGUAGUGAAUACUAUAGAUACUAGAGUUUUACUAGCUUUCUAAUAAUUUUUACCUGAUAUUAGAUAAGGAUUAUUUCCAAAUAUGCAUUGAGAAAUUUUAUUAUCAUUUAAUAAAUUAUAUAUAGAUAUUCAAAGAAAUAUAUAUGGUAUAAUUUAUUUUUAAUAAACUUUAAG